AUGAAGCUUCUACUACUUUUAUUCCCUUUAUGUGUACUUGCUACAAUAUCAACGAUACAACUAGUGGUUCGGUCUGACAACCAAGAAAUUGAUGGUAAGCCAUUAACAAUCAAAUUUGAAGAAUUUUACAGGUACUAUUUAUUUGUUGGCGAUGAGCCAGCAUUCCUCCAAUACGAUGACGUAAACAAGGUGAUUUUUUAUGAUAACAAGGUGAGAUACUAUUUGUCUCUUCAUAAUAAUAUUCUCCAGUUGUCUCCUGAUACACCAUUAACAAUUGAUCGGAAAGAAGAUGGUCAUAUUUUAGAAGCUUAUGGGGUAAAGAAUAUUGAUGAUCCUCAAGAUUAUUCGUACACCAGUUAUGCUAUUUGGUACGGAGCUGAUCCCCCAGUUGAUGCUUUGCCAUUGUCUAUAUACGAGAUUCACUGA